AUGAAGCUUUCCUUCGAGUGCGCUCUCGUAAUUUUGGCUGCGUAUAAUGUAGAUGCUUUCCCAGUUGCUACUUGCAGCCUAGAGGCAGAAUCACUUGAUACCCGUGUCAACCCCGUCAGGCGUGAAGCUGCUUUCAGUAGUAUAGAAGGCCUGACAACUAUCGGAGGAAACCAGCGUCGCGAAGCCCAGCAGCAACAGGAAGGCCGUAACGGUGGCCUCAAGAUCGGCGGACUUACACUCGGGGGCCCAAGUGGAGGUAUCAGUGGCAACGGGUUGCAGCUCGGAGGGGCCCAGCAAGGCAAUGGUCGCCAGAAACAAGCUGAACAAGAGAACCGCAAUGGUACAGAGGCAGCGGAGGAGCAGACACCAGCCGCUGAGGCACAGCAACCUUCCGAAGCCCAGGGCGAGGAGCCUGACAUCCAGGAAGCUGAGCCUGAAAUCCUGGAGGCUGAUCCGUCUCCCGCUGAGAACAUCGGCGCUGGCGCAGGUACCGAGAACCAGCCAGGACGCGCGGAAGGCGAACAAGCAAAGCAAGAGGCACAGCAGGAAGCCCAAGAAGCGAAAGGCGAAAAGUCGAAUGGUGUGAAAGCUACCGAGGAGUCUGAGAGGUUCUCAGAGGAAGCUGGCAUCACGCUCGAUGGAUCCGGCAAUGCGCAGAAUCUCGGGGGUAAUCUGGGCAUCACGAAGGGAACUGAUGGUAGCACGUCCGUUGGUGGCGAGAAUGGGAUCAAUGUUGCUGUGGAUGGCGAGGCUACGGUUGGAGAUGAGGACUAAGGCGAUAUGAUAUGACGCAUGCUGUUGUAUUACCUUAUGCUGU